AUGCUGUGGAGUGGAGAAUGGAUUCGAGUCAGAGUGCACCAGAUGGAACCCGAUCUUGUAGAUGUGGGCGCCACCUUGGAAGAAGCUUUACAAUUAAAAAGGGAACACGACGAAUUAAUCAUCAAAUUAAAGUCAAAAGAAGGAGAAGUACAACAACUUCUCCAGAGAGCUGACACAUAUGUUGACGAAAACCGGUCUCAAUCAGAUGUACACGCUGCCAUGGCAGUGACCCUGAACGAGGCAUGGAAAGCUCUCAAUGAGAAACUAGACUUACGAGGUCAGAUGUUAGAACAAAGCAUUUCAUUCCACAACAGCGUACAAGAUUUAAAUAAGAAAAUGGAACAAGCACAAAAUAAAAUCUCUAAUGUACCUCUUGCAUCCAACGUGGAAUUAGCCAGGAGCUUAUUACAACAACAUAACGACAUCAAAUCUGACAUUCUAGAAUCAUCCAAAGUCACAUUAGACAUGGGUCAUGCUUUAUUACAACACAUCAAAGAAAUGGGUGUGCAUGCAGAUAUUCAAAAUAAACAUGCAACGACAGCAGCCUGCUACGGAAUAGAACAUCUACUCGAGUUGCUACAUGAUCGACGACGCCACCUAGAGGAACUCUGGGAAUUAAGACGUCAAAAACUGGAACAAUGUCUUCAACUCUGUCAGUUAGACCAAGAGGUUCACAAGAUAUUGGAAUGGUUCCGAACAACUGGAGCCGAAUAUUUAAAUCGAUCACAACUCGGGAACUCGUAUUCGGCAGCUUUGAGAUUACAAGAAGAACAUAAUAAAUUUGAGACCCAAGCAAGAGACAUCCAAGAGACUGUAUUGCAACUUAUUCGUACAGCUGACCAACUUCUGCGUCGGACAAACCUUGAUGCGGAGGGUGUGAGACAGCGGUUGCUAACGGUCGAUAACGAAUGUGAGAACUUCAUGAACCAACUUGACAACAGAAGGAGAAACAUCACAAUGUCUGUCUCCUUCUUUAAUUUACAAGAAACGGCUCUAACAAAACUGGAACAGAUAGAAGUCCAACUUAACAGCACGGACUUGCCAAGAAAUAGCACCGAACUUGCUGAGCGACAUGCCCAAUUGUCUAACGCCAUUGUAGAAUGUUCUACGCCGGCUCUACGCGAGGGUCGACUCCUAUUGGAGAGGGUCAAUAGGGGAGACUCUGGAGCCGAUGACGUCAGACAAAAGAUGGAUGAGCUUCAAGUUCGUUGUGCCCACCUUGAGUCACUGUGUAAGGCAAGAAGGGCGCAGGCGUGGGAACGUAGUCAGACUUAUUUACAGUUCCAGGAGAAAUACAACAGUGCCAUUGAUUGGAUAGAAGAAUUGUGUACUGUCAUGGUAACGGAACAUAAUGAUUUGGGUAAAAAUCAACCAGAGUCAGAAUCUCUUCAAGAUCAACACAGAAAGUUCGAAUCUACUGCAGCUGGAACAUAUGAAUAUGGUAAACAGUUGUUACAAGGGGCGUUAGUUUUACGUCGUUCAUUACGAUACGAGUUGGAACCUAAUAAUGAGAGAGUCUACAGACUGGAAGAGGCGUGGAAGAAAUUUACACAAGGAACAAGUGAAAGAACCAACAGACUGACUGUAGCUUCUAUGUUUAUGACAGCUUCUGAUAAGGUGAAUGAUAGAAUAGAACAGAUAUUGGUAGUUAUUAGUCAGGCGUUAGAUAAUCAGAUUACUGUAGACGAGGUUCUCACUCAAUAUCAGAUACCUAAAGAUAAACUUCAAACCUGGUUAACACAGAUUUGUAUGGCUACGUUAAAACGUCAUGGCAACAUGGGAAACGACCUGAACAGUGCCAAGGAUUUUCUUGAAAUCCACGAACAAAUAGAUGAAGACAUCAGAGACAAGAAUGCGGAUAUGGAAGCCUUAUCAGCUGCAGUCGUCAACUUGGUCAAGUCAGGGGACCAAGAGGCACAAGCUGCUGCCGAAAAGGUUGAUGCCCUCCACAAACAGAUUACUCGUAUCAGACGUAUGGUGGAAAUUCGCAUUCAAUUGGCCCUAUUGUAUGUCUCAUUCUACAGGCUCGGCCACCAGUUGAAACACAACUUGGAUGGCCUUGAGCACAUUAUGCGCUCCGAAACGGAGGAUCUACAGGAUUUGACGGAAACCGCCGUCUCCCAAAUGCAGGAAUUGUUUAGUAAAACUGCUAAUAUCCAUUCUCAAUUUGAAGAGAAAGGAAAAACUUUCUUAAACAAUUCCUCAACACUUUCAGAAGACUCCUCUAUGGAGAUCCGUCAACCAACUUUACUGGUUGAACAGUAUUUAAGUGAAAUGCGUGAACAGAUGAACACGCUAUCAGUCCAUUAUGAAUCGUGGACACAGAAAAUUUCUUCCAGUAAACAAUUUAAAUCUCAGUGGCAUCAAUUUAUACAAGACGCUCGUAGGAUUGUUGUAAAUGAGAAUGGUAUCCACUCGUUAAUUAUAAAGUUUGUAUCGAGACGAGAUGCCGGGACCUAUAAUUGUCUAGCUCUGAAUAAAGCUGGUGAAGAUAGAUUUACUAUUACUCUUAACGUCACACCGAAAGAAGAGAAACAACCCCCCAGAUUUAUUGAAAGGGUCCAGAAUUUCACUGUAAAAGAGGGUAACCCUGUAACUCUGUCCUGUCAUGCUGUUGGCAUGCCAACUCCUUUGAUGUCAUGGCAGAAAGACGGACACCACGUCACUCCAACACAUGACAUGAGAGUGAAUACAGAGGGUGGAAGAUCAGCUCUGUAUAUUGAAGAUACUAAACUAUCAGAUGCUGCUUGGUACCAGUGUACAGCUGCUAAUACUUCUGGUAGUGCUACAACUAGAGCUAAACUUGUUGUUCAAGAAUAUAUGUGUCACGCUGCCAAUCCUGGUGGAGAAUGUAAUACUAAAGCUGAAAUACUUCCAGAGGUUCGUAAAGUUCAAGAUGAACCAUUAGUGUCAGAUUUAUCUCCAGUACAAGAGAUACUGGCUCGAGCUCAAGCUCCCAAGAAACCAGAGAAAGAAUUUUACCGAACACCAACAGAGAAGUUGAUUGACAGACGAUCAGAAGAGAGAAUGUUAGCACAACCUGAUGAACCAUUGUCUGCUGGCGUCAGCGACUCUGAAUUUACCGUGUCUGGGUUUGAGAGAAAAUUAAUGGAAGAGAUAAAUUAUCGUGAUGGGAAGAUUAAGAUGAUGAGUGAAACAGAAACAGAAUACGAUUCUGAACAACCUGAAGAAAGAGUCAUCAACACCCAGCCUCCAGAAAUAUUACAACAGUUAAACGAUACACAACUUAUUGAAGGUGGCGACGCCACAUUUGUCUGUAAAAUUGUGGGAAAACCACGACCAAAGAUUGCUUGGUAUAGAAAUGGAAAACGUAUCAAGAAAUCUAAUCGUUAUGAUAUAACGUACGGACAAGAUAAUAUGAGUGUAUUGAAGAUUCGAGUCACUCUACCAGAAGAUACUGGAUAUUACACAGUCCUAGCUGUUAACUCGGUCGGUAAAGCCACCACCUCUGCCCAACUUUACGUUGAUAAACUCGGCAACAUUGAUGCUACUUCUUUCAUGGAACCUGAGAGCCUGAAAAAGAUGCUUAAGAGGUAUGAUAAAAAGGCAAAGUUACUGUCAAUCUAUCAUUUCUCGCUGGAUUUAUAA